GAAUCUAACAGAAGGGUAUCCUAUGACUGGCCAUUUUUAAAACCAUCUCUCUAACACUAGAUUUCUACAUCAGAUCACUCUUUAAUGUCCAUAACAACCCACAAUUGAAGAGAGAAAAAGCAGUUAGUUAAUUAGUUAGUUAGUUAAUGGAUGAAAUAGUGCACAAGUAUGUGGAAGUCAACGGACUGAAGCUUCACUUAGCCGAGAUGGGUAGCCAGUCAUCUCCGGCAGUUGUGUUCCUUCAUGGUUUCCCUGAGAUAUGGUACAGUUGGCGCCACCAGAUGAUCGCCCUCGCCAAUGCCGGUUACCGAGCUAUCGCUCUUGACUUUCGAGGCUAUGGACUCUCACAACCAUCUCCAGACAAUCACCAAUCUGGAUUUGCUGAUCUCGUUGAUGAUUUGCUCGCAAUCCUUGAUUCACUAGGCAUCCAUAAGAUUUCUGUAGUUGCCAAAGACUUUGGCGUUAGGCCAGCUUUCCUCUUUGCACUCCGCUACCCCACAAGAGUAGCCGUGGUGAUAUCACUUGGUGUACCACAUAGGUCCUUCAAACCUCGUACGUACCACAAAGAGCUGCCUGAAGGUUUCUAUAUCAAUAGAUGGAGGGAACCUGGAAGAGCCGAAGCUGAUUUUGGCCGUCUUGAUGUGAGAACAGUCCUGCGAAACAUAUACAUAUUGUUCUCUAGAAGUGAAAUUCCAAUUUCUGGUGAAAACCAGGAGAUUAUGGAUUUAGUCAACCCAUCUGCCCCUUUACCGUCGUGGUUCAUGGAGGAGGAUCUUUCGGCCUAUGAAGCCCUUUACCAAAAAACUGGUUUUCUUAAUCCACUUAAAGUUCCUUACAGGUCACCAGACGAAGAAUAUAACAUAGCAGAUCCUGUAAUCAGGAAUCCAAUGUUGUUAAUCAUAGGGUUGAUGGAUUAUUUUUUGAAGUUUCCGGGGGUGGAAGAUUUCCUAAAGAGUGGAAUGGUUACACAGUUUGCGACGGAUCUAGAGAUAGAAUACGUGCCGGAAGGAAGCCAUUUCAUUCAAGAACAGUUCCCUGACAAAGUAAACAAUCUAAUUCUCGGGUUCCUCCAUAAGCAUAGCUGCUCAUAAUCCCAUGGGUUCAACUCAUUCCCACUUCAAUUGGAUAAUGUAUGGUCGAUAAUAAGUCCCCAUAUACGUUGUUCAGAAACAAGGUCUCAUAAAAAGUUGCUUUAUUUACCA